CCUCCCUCCGGCCCCCACCAUCUCCUCCCCGCGAUCCCGCACACCUCAUCUCACCGCAUCGCGCAUCCUCCUCCCUCGAGGGGAAAAGCGACAGAGCCGCACCCACGCCACACACGAGAGCCACCACUCGGCCAGCGGGCACACCACACGCACAGGAGCGACGAGAGAGGACCGGCAUUGGCUCCAAUUGAAGCUUCCCGAUCCAGAUCCGACCCCGCGGGCCCGUCCCCGGCCGCCCAGCCGGAUCCCCGGCGGCGCCGCGGCGGCAUCGGUUUGGCCAGUGCUCCGGUGACCCCUUGUGCGGGGCGGAAAGGGGUUCGCCGCGGGGCGGUCUGAGAUGGAGGACCUGCUGGACGCCGAGAUCGGCAAGAACGACUACGACUGGCUUCUUACACCGCCUGGGACGCCCCGUGUUCCUGCUCUGGAGGUUGCUCAGAAAAUACCAUCCUCAAAUAUAUUGCCUAAGCGCACCCUCACUAGAUCUUCCUCAACUACAAGAGCAUCAAGGCUUUCGGUGUCUCAAACAGAGAAUGGACAUUCUGCAGUUCCCACUAGACCAGCAAGAAGUAACUCUGUAACCCGCCCUUCUAUCCAAUCAACUCUCAUGUCAAGCAAUAACAGGACAUCAGUUCUCAGCGCAAGUAUUUCAUCUGUCAGUUCAAGACCUACAACCCCAAGUAGGCGAAGCAGCACCAUUGCUGCGCCAAAACAAUUGGUGCCAGCUUCACGUCCAGUUCCAGCAAGGUCAUCUACUCCUGUUAAACCUCGUCCAUCUACACCAUCCAAAACUCGCCCGUCUACUCCUGUGAAAACUCAUCAAGCAACAUCUAACUCUGCAACUGACGCAGCUGCUGGCAGGACCACAGCCACCCAAAGUUCAAGGCCAUCGACUCCAAAUUCUCGGUCUCGAAUUAUGUUGAAUUCCUCUUCAGGUUCUAUUCCUGCAAUGAGCCGCCCAAGUCCAUCCAUAGGUAUCAUUCCUGCAACGAGCCGCCCAGGCGCUUCCUCAAGUAAUGGUCAUGGGACAAGCCAUCCCACCUCAUUGUCUUCUGGUACAGUUCCUUCAGUCAGUCGCUCCAGCUCACGAUCAUCUACACCUACACGUCAGCCUGCAGUGCGUUCAUCGACCCCAGCUAUGGGCCGUUCGCCUUCUUUUGGACGCACUUCUAGUAGCAAUAGCUUGACGACAUCUAUGAACCGACCUGCAGCUAGUAGUGGCCGAAGUUCAGCACCGUCAUCAGCUCCAUCAUCCCGUCCAAGUUCCCCAGGUCCACGACCCCGAGCUCCAGUGCGCUCACAUGACAUUCCUUCAUCGGCUCCAGCAUCUCGUCCAAGUUCCCCAGGUGCACGACCCCGAGCUCCAGUGCGGCCACAUGAUACCCCUUCAUCAGCUCCUUCAUCUCGUCCAAGCUCCCCAAGUCCACGACCCCGAGCUCCGGUGCGGCCACUUGAUAUCCCUGAUUUCCCAAAUGAAACACCACCAAACCUAAGGACAAAGCUACCUGAGCGACCACUAUCUGCUGGUAGAUCACGCCCUGGAAUGGCUUCAGGAAUAAGAUCAAACCCACAUGCUGAACAGUUAGCUGCCUCGGCUCCUGCAAAAAAGCUCUCCGUGCCUGCUGCAAGUCGUAAUAAGUUUUCAGAUCCACCAUCAAAGGCGCCUUCUCGCUCCAAUGGACACCAAAAUAGGCAGUCUGAAAGGCCCGUUGUUGACAGUCAAGCUACUAGGACUGCACGGACUGGUGCAGUUGCAGGCGAUAAUGGAUUCGGGAGGACAAUUUCAAAGAAUUCACUUGACAUGGCAAUCAAGCACAUGGACAUUCGGCAGAACUUGGGUGGCAUCCGUGGCGCAUCCCUGUUUCCCCACAGCAUCCGCUCGAGCGCCGGCAAGGCCCGCCCGGUCCGAAUGUCUGACCCCGGGCAUCCCACCUCGAACGGUGACCACCGGCACUACGCCGACAACGGCAGCACCAACGGGCACUUCUUCUCGGGCGACUCGUACGGGGCCCUGUCGCGCAACGGAGGCAGCUCGACGGACUCGCCGGAUCGGGGAAGCUUCGGGACCAAGGAGACGUCCCUGAGCGAGCUGGACAUCUACGGGAGCUCGCGGUACGAGGCGAUGCUGCUGCGCGGGGAGGACGUGAGGAACACGAGCUGGCUGCACGGCGGGUUCGACGACGACAAGCCCGACCAGAGCCCCCUGUUCGACCACCGGUUCGAGCCGCUCCCGGAGCCCUUCAGCCCCUUCUGACGCCGACGGCCGCCUCCCUGCCUCUGUAUGUAAAGUCUGUCCCCGGUGAUCACCUGAUUCCCCACGUUCCUUCGUGUUGUGUUGCAAGAUGUGUAGUAUGUAUGCCCUUGUUGGGCCGAAAUGGAUAGGGCUCCGGGUUUGUGUAACUUAAUUUGUUGUUGCCUAGAGGCCGGAGAGUUGGUUUUUCUUCACAGAAGAUUGUUGUUGUACUGAAAAUCGAAAAAGUACAGAUAGAUACUUGAUGAACAGUAAAGAGCAUUUGUGAGUUGUUGUAA